UAUUGCAACUUUCUUCUCUCUGGAAUUCUCUUUAUUACUCUAAUUAGGUCGCAAUUACUUUCGCUUCCACUACCCAUUGUUGCAACAAAUAUUGCCACAACAAACGGAUAAAACUAGACCUGUUCACAAUUUGCUUAGGGUUAUGAAUGGUAAAUUUCGAUGGCAAUUCGUUUAUUGGGUUUUCUAUGAUUCUGGUGGGAGUGGGGGUUAGGGCAUACCAAGACAGUAUCUUCACAAAGAGGAACGAUGGUUAAUGAAAGUUUUCAAAGAGCACAGAAUUCAACAUAAAAUUUUAACAGUACAGGGGCCAGGCUGUAAUUAAAUUGGGAAUUUAUGCUUGGAUGUUUGCUUAUAAAAAUCACCGAUUGAUAAAUUUUCCUUUGCAAUAUUGAGUUCAAUUCUAAAGAAGUAAGAAUGCAAAACACAGGCUGAAGAGUAGCUUGGAUGGUAAGAUUAGAGGUCCAAAUUAGUCACCUGCGUGUGUUUGUGUCGCCAUCACCCUCAAGGGAAUUGGCUUCUCCAAACUGAGGGGGGUGCUUUCUUAGAGGAUAUGAGAAACUAUAAAAAGUUUGUUAAAAUCUCAUUUUUUUGGGUAACAGUUAAGUUAGAAAAGCUAAAUCCUACUAACGGUAUAUUUAUUUUCAUUCCAUUUAUUCUUUUGGGGAUUAUAUCCUGCUGUGGGAAGUGGCCAAAUUCAUGUAGCACUUUUCCAACUAAGGAUUGUAUUUUCUUGCCUUUUUAUGUUCCUUCUUCUUUUAUUUUUUUAUUUCUCAAUUUAUAUUUUAAAUUAUGUUACUGACUCUUUCCUGCAUCUGAUGCGAAUAAAUGGGUGUUCUGGGACUGUUAUCGUCUUUUCAGUCCUUGCUGGGUUGGCUUUUAUGUUUUCAGCUAGCAUUUUGCUUCAGAUUCUGGCAUGUGCAAUAUAUAACAAUUGGUGGCCCAUGUUAUCAGCUCUGAUGUAUGUGCUUGUACCUAUGCCUUGCUUAUUCUUUGGAGGUGGAUCCACUCAAUUUCUAAUGAGCCGUGAUGGUGGGGGUUGGAUAGAUGCUGCAAAAUUUUUGACUGGAGCAUCAGCCGUUGGGAGCAUAGCCAUUCCUAUAAUCCUCAAGCAUGCACAUAUGAUUGAGACAGGCGCGAUGCUCAUUGAGCUUGUAUCGUUCUUCAUAUUUAUAUGCACUGUUUUAUGUUUCCACCAAGCCAACCUUGAUGAUGAUUGGUAAAUAGAACAUUCCACAAUGCUUUGACAUCCUGCUAGUCAUUAGGGUUUGUAACCAUAUAAGGGAAACCAGAUAGUGAGACUUACCACAAACCUUGGAAAAGAAAUGUAUGUUCAAACCUCUGUAGAGCUCUGCCGCAAAUUUCGUUUUUGUCACUUUGUAUUCUUGAUAUAAUAAGUUAUUUGUGAUAAUUUUUGUUUGUGGAGAACACAUGACAUUUGACUUUGUUGGUUUAUUUAUUGUUCAUAGGGUGGUGUAUAUCUUUCAUGUAAAACAACAUUCUGUUAACACUAUAUAUAUGCUUUUUCUCGCC